AUGAAGCAGCUGGGGGAGCUCCCAGAGAUUGAGCUGGCAGGGCCAAGGGGCUGGAUCCUGAAGGCUGAGUUUGGGCUUUAUCUGACAGGCAAUGAGGAGCCAUUGAACAGUUUUAAGCAACUGCUGGGUCUCAGAUGGACAACCCUUCUUACUGGCCCCUCAGAGUGCCUGGGAGCUGAGGGCAGACUGGCUCAGAAGCUGUUCCGUGACCUCUUCGCCAACUACACAAGUGCCCUGAGACCUGUGGCAGACACAGACCAGGCUCUGAACGUGACCCUGGAGGUGACACUGUCCCAGAUCAUCGACAUGGAUGAGCGGAACCAGGUGCUGACCCUGUACCUGUGGAUCCGACAGGAGUGGACAGAUGCUUUCCUAUGGUGGGACCCCGAUGCCUAUGGUGGCCUGGAUGCCAUCCGCAUCCCCAGCAGUCUCGUGUGGCGGCCAGACAUCGUACUCUAUAACAAGGCGGACACGCAGCCGCCAGCCUCCGCCAGCACCAACGUGGUCCUGCGGCACGACGGCGCCGUGCGCUGGGACGCGCCAGCAAUCACGCGCAGCUCCUGCCGCGUGGACGUGUCGGCCUUCCCGUUCGACGCGCAGCGUUGCGGCCUGACGUUCGGCUCAUGGACGCACGGCGGGCACCAGCUGGAUUUGCGGCCGCGCGGCGGUGCCGCCAGCCUGGCGGACUUCGUGGAGAACGUGGAGUGGCGCGUGCUGGGCAUGCCGGCGCGGCGGCGCGUGCUCACCUACGGCUGCUGCUCUGAGCCCUACCCGGACGUGACCUUCACGCUGCUGCUGCGCCGCCGCGCCGCCGCCUACGUGUGUAACCUGCUGCUGCCCUGCGUGCUCAUCUCGCUCCUCGCGCCGCUCGCCUUCCACCUGCCCGCUGACUCGGGCGAGAAGGUGUCGCUCGGCGUCACCGUGCUACUGGCGCUCACCGUCUUCCAGCUGCUCCUGGCCGAGAGCAUGCCGCCCGCGGAGAGCGUGCCGCUCAUCGGGAAGUACUACAUGGCCACCAUGACCAUGGUUACGUUCUCGACGGCACUCACCAUCCUUAUCAUGAGCCUGCAUUACUGUGGUCCCAGUGCCCGCCCAGUGCCAGCCUGGGCUCGGGCCCUCCUGCUGGGACACCUGGCCCGGGGCCUGUGUGUGCGGGAGCGAGGGGAGCCUUGUGGGCCGUCUAGACCGCCCGAGUUACCACCCAGUCCCCAGCCUCCUGACAGAGGGGCUGGGCCCCCAGCAGGCCCUUGCUGUGACCCGUGGUGUCUGUGCCAUCAGGAAGCCCUACUGCACCAUGUAGCCACCAUUGCUAACACCUUCCACAGCCACAGGGCUGCCCAGCGCCGCCAUGAGGACUGGAAACGCCUGGCCCGUGUGAUGGACCGUUUCUUCCUGGGCAUCUUCUUUUCCAUGGCGCUGGUCAUGAGUCUCCUGGUGCUGGUGCAGGCCCUGUGAGUCCC